AUGGCGUCUGUGGAAGGUGCCCUCAAGUACGUGCAGGCCGAGUGCAUCAACGCGUCGGUAAUUACCAAAUGUAAGCGCAAAAACAACAUCAAGUACGUCGUGUUCUACCAAACGACUACCGUGCAGCCUACCGCCGCGAUGGAAUACUACGUGAACGCCACAGACGAGCGCAACUACGCCGUCGAGAGCUGUCCGUUCUUGCCCAUGGAUGGCGGUCGGUGCAACCCCACAGACGAUGGAUCGUUCCCUGACGUGUGCAACCAGUUCAUCGGUGCCGAUGGACAGCCCGACUUGGGCUUCUGUGUCGGCGGUACACUGCAAGACAACGAGGCGAUCGCUCCGUACCCACACAACUACUGGUUUUCGUUCCCCAACAGCUGUCCGCAGAAAGCCUGGGACGAUAAGACCGCGUCUUGUCGUAAGAAAUAUGCCGGUGGCAUGUGUCCUGUCGGAGUAGAGCCCGAUGGCGUCACGUGUACCUUUACGUACGAGAUUCUGGGUUACAUUCUCCUGGAUGAUGUGGUGGGUAUCACGUCCAUAAUUAACCCCAAGACCGGCAAGAAAUACGCCGACUACAAGGAAUUCUGUAAGGCCGGUGGGGUCGAGUUCAGUGUGUCUAUCGUGACCGGAGUCGUGUCUCUCUUGACCGGCAUUCUGUCCUCCGUCGUGGACCUUGUGGAGGGCCUCGACUUCUGGGCUGACCCGGGCGAUAGCGCCGCCAACUCUGAGCGUGUCGAGAAGCUCGUGUCUGCUUAUGACGCGCUGAUCGCAUCGAACCCAGCGACUAGUGACGGCGGCGUCAUGCGUGCACUGCCCAGGGAGAGCGAGCUGGCGGCGCUGAAUCCGUCGUGCUACGAGAAUAGUCCGCUGUGUGCCGAGUCCGAGUUCGGCUGCAAACGCUCGUACCUUUCACAGAUCUGCCAGCUCUGCACAUCGGAUGAAUCGGGCUGCGAGAAAGCGUAG